AUGAGUAACUUUACAACUGGGUUUCUUCUUACAGGAUUUUCAGCCAAUCCUGAGCUAGAAAGCGCAUAUGGUUCUCUCUUCUUAGUUAUGUAUUUGUUAGCUUUAACUGGAAACAUCCUCAUUAUCAUCGUGACUUCCAUGGAUGAUAGUCUCAACUCUCCCAUGUAUUUCUUCCUGAAGCAUCUCUCUUUCUUGGAUCUCUGUUCUAUUUCUGGGACUGUACCACGAUUUAUUGUGAACUCAUUCUUGCAUAGAGGCAACAUUUCCUACUGGGAAUGCUUUUUUCAGUGCUUUGUUUUCACUCUCUGUGCUUCUGCUGAGAUGUCCAUGCUCACAGUGAUGUCCUAUGACCGCUAUGUGGCCAUUUGCCUUCCACUGCACUAUGACACAGUAAUGGAUGUCAGAACAUGUGUCCACGGAGUCAUCGGAGUCUGGGUCAGUGGGACCAUUUCUGGAGUCAUGCAUACAGUAGCAACAUUCUCCAUCCAUUUCUGUGGACCCAGGGUCAUUCACCAAUUCUUCUGUGAUGUCCCCCAGAUCUUGAAACUCUCCUGCUCCAGUGAUUUUAUGAACGAGGUCAAUGUCACCAUUUUCACGACUUUGUUGGCAUUUCUUUGUUUUAUCUUUAUUGUAUUCUCCUACACAAACAUAUUUUCCUCUGUGCUGAGGAUGCCAUCAGCAGAAGGCAGAGCCAAGGCCUUUUCCACUUGCCUCCCCCACCUCGCUGUUGUCAUAUUAUUUCUUUCUACAGGUGCCUUUGAGUAUUUCAAACCUCAUUCUGAAUCUCCAACUGCUUUUGACAUGUUUCUUACAAUGAUGUAUACAGUAUUUCCCCCAACUUUCAAUCCAAUGAUCUAUAGUCUGAGAAAUAAAGCCAUCAAGACAGCUGUAAAAAAAGGGCAAUGUGCCCCUCCAUCCUUUCGGCGCCUUGAGGGUUUCAAAGAGACACAGACCAUGCACAGGCAACAGGCGAGAUUUAAUCUGACCGGUCAGGGUCGUCUGCUGAGACAGAUCUCAGAGCAGAGACCCCGAGGCUUUUUUCUGCAGAGUUUAUAUAGGAAUUUUCAAAGCAAGAACAGCACUUUUCCUUAUCAGUCAUAG